GAAAGUAGCAGUUCGGAUUCGCUCAGUGUUUGUCACGGCAGAGCCGAGCCCGCCGCACGAGGGCCGGAGCGAGUAGCGGCAGCAGCAGCAGCAGCAACCUGCUUGGCCGUGCAGGGAGCCCGAGCGCAGCUGCCCAGGCUCCCUCCCGCCUCGCCUCAGUCUGCCCCGGUCGUGGCAUUUUAGUGCGGGGAGAAAGGCUGCCACCGCUUGCUUAACUGACUCGCUUCUCUGGAGUAGCCGCAGGAUACCCGGCGGCGCCGCCGCCCCCCCCCCCCCCCCCCAUCCCGGACCGAUUUCAGGCUCCCAGUUCAAGCAGGGGACUCCUGGACAGCCCAGCACCAGCACCGGGGACAGCGCGCGACAGUGAGCUGGUGCCGCCGCCGCUGAAUUUUUAAUGGAAAAAUGGCGAUCUCGGCUCAGACCUGCGGCGCAUCUUGCCUCGUCCCCGCUCUGUGCAGCCAAAUCCUCCUGUGCCUCGUCCUGUCUACUCCCGCCGCGGAUGGCUUCAGCUUUCCCCAGCAGUACACGAUGCAGUAUUGGGCCAGAAGACUGGAGCAAGAGAUUGAUGGAGUGAUGAGGAUAUUUGGGGGAGUUCAGCAGCUGAAAGGGAUCUACAAUGACAAAAAGAACCAGUUUGAAGUAAAAGAGAAUGUACCAAAGAAAAUAGUGGAAAAAGUGGCAGGUGACAUUGAGAGCUUGUUGGCCAAGAAGGUCCGGGCAUUAAAGAGAGUGGCUGAUGCAGCUGAAAAGUUUCAGAAAGCCCAUCGUUGGCAAGAUACUAUUGGGGAGAAUGAUAUUGAAUACUAUGACUCCAAGGCUGAAACAAAAUAUGAUGGUCUAGAGGGAGAAGAAAUUGAAAGCGAACCGUCCAACUCCCUGAAGCUGGAAUUCGUAGAUGAUGCACACUUUAAAACGAAAGUUAACUACUCUUAUGCUGCUGUACAGAUACCAACAGACAUCUACAAAGGCUCUACUGUAAUCCUCAAUGAGCUGAACUGGACAGAAGCCCUGGAGGAUGUAUUUGUUGAAAAUCGAAAAGAAGACCCGUCUCUGCUGUGGCAGGUCUUUGGCAGUGCCACAGGUGUGACUCGCUUCUACCCAGCUACCCCCUGGAGGGUACCUGAUAAGAUUGACCUAUAUGAUGUCCGACGAAGGCCUUGGUACAUUCAAGGGGCUUCAUCUCCAAAGGACAUGGUGAUCAUUGUGGAUGUGAGUGGCAGUGUUAGUGGCCUGACAUUGAAACUGAUGAAGACAUCUGUGUACGACAUGCUGGACACACUCUCUGAUGAUGACUACGUUAAUGUGGCCUCAUUUAACCAAAAUGCACAGCCUGUAUCAUGCUUCAAGCAUUUAGUCCAGGCGAAUAUUCGCAACAAGAAGGUCUUCAAAGAAGAUGUGGAGAUCAUGGUGGCCCAAGGAACCACGGAUUACAAGGCCGGCUUUGAAUAUGCCUUUGAGCAGCUGCAGAAUUCCAACGUCACAAGAGCUAAUUGCAAUAAGAUGAUCAUGAUGUUCACUGAUGGAGGAGAAGACCGAGUGCAGGAUGUGUUUGAGAAGUAUAACUGGCCCAACAAGACGGUACGAGUGUUCACCUUUUCUGUUGGACAACAUAAUUAUGAUGUCACUCCCCUCCAGUGGAUGGCUUGUGCUAACAAAGGUUAUUACUUUGAAAUUCCAUCUAUUGGGGCCAUUCGAAUUAACACACAGGAAUACCUGGAUGUUCUGGGAAGACCCAUGGUCCUGGCAGGGAACAGGGCAAAACAGGUUCAAUGGACCAAUGUCUAUCAAGAUGCUUUGGGUCUGGGCUUGGUGGUGACAGGCACUUUGCCGGUGUUUAACCUCACUGAAGGUGGUGGUGACAGGAAGAACCAGCUUAUCCUAGGUGUUGUGGGGAUUGAUGUGGCGCUGGAUGAUAUCAAGAAGCUGACACCGCAGUAUAAUUUAGGGGCUAAUGGCUAUGUAUUCGCUACUGACCUGAAUGGAUAUGUAUUGCUGCACCCAAAUUUGCGACCUAAGAUCAUUAAUUUCCAGGAACCUGUGACCUUGGACUUCCUUGAUGCUGAACUAGAAGAUGAGAACAAAGAAGAAAUUCGAAGAAGCAUGAUUGAUGGACGCGAGGGGCAGAGAUAUAUCAAGACUCUUGUCAAGUCCCAGGAUGAGAGAUACAUAGAUGAAGUGUACAGAACCUAUACCUGGGCCCCUAUCAAAAGCACAAACUACAGCCUAGGUUUGGUCUUGCCACCCUACAGCACAUACUACAUUCAAGCAAAUCUCAGUGACCAGAUUCUCCAGGUGAAGUUACCAAUCAGCAAAGUGAAGGAUUUUGAAUACCUGCUGCCAAACAGCUUUGAGUCCGAGGGACAUGUAUUCAUUGCUCCAAGAGAAUAUUGCAAAGCCCUCAACCUGUCGGAUAACAACACUGAAUUCCUGGAAAACUUUAUCGCCCUCAUGGAAAAGGUGACGCCCGACUCUGAGCAAUGUAAUAACUUCCUCCUUCACAACCUUAUCCUGGACACAGGAAUAACACAACAGCUGGUAGAAAGAGUAUGGAAGAAUCAAGACUUAAACACGUACAGCCUCCUUGCUGUGUUUGUUGCCACUGAUGGUGGUAUCACUCGCAUUUUUCCUAACAAGGCUGCAGAAGAUUGGGAAGAAUAUCGAGAACCCUUCAAUGCCAGUUUCUAUCGAAGGAGCUUAGACAACAAAGGAUACAUCUUUAAACCCCCCUGCCGGACUCCCAGCUACAAAGAACCAGAGAUGGAAAAUAGCACAGUUGGUAUCCUUGUUAGCACUGCAGUUGAGCUCAGCUUUGGCAGGAGGACUCUGAAGCCAGCAGUGGUUGGAGUGAAACUUGACCUGGAAGCCUGGGCAGAAAAAUUUAAGGUCCUUGCAAGCAACCGAACGGAAAGAGAUCAGCUGGGAACACGAAGGUGUGACCCCUCCACAAGCUGUGAGAUGGACUGUGAAGCUAAUUACAAGGACCUCCUCUGCGUUCUCAUUGAUGAUGGGGGGUUUCUGGUGCUCUCCAACCAGGAAGAUGAUGCGCCCCAGGUGGGAAAGUUCUUCAGUGAGGUGGAUGCUCAUCUGAUGUCUGCUCUCUACAAUAAUUCUUUUUUCACACGGAAAGAAUCAUACGACUUUCAAUCUGUCUGUGCUCCAGAAGCUCCAAGUAACACAGGAGGUGGCCCACGUGGGGUAUAUGUACCAACCAUGGCAGAUUUCCUGAACCUGGCUUGGUGGAGCUCAGCCGCUGCAUGGUCUCUAUUUCAGCAGUUCUUGUAUGGGCUAACCUACAGCAGCUGGUUUCAAACAGAGGAUGUUGCAGCAGACAGCAUGGAGACCAAGGAGACCAGCUGCAUCAUGAAGCAAACCCAGUACUAUUUUAGUACAGUUAACUACACGUACAACACCAUCAUUGACUGUGGAUAAAUCUUCCAGGCUAUUCCAUGCUCAAAGGCUUGCCAACACCAACCUUCUGUUUGUUGUAGCAGAAAAGCCAAUAUGCAGUCAGUGUGAAUCCACCAAACUUCUUCAAGCAGAAGUUAAGGCUCCACCACGAGAACCCAAUCAGUGUGAGUUGGUAGAAAGGCCACGAUAUCGAAAAGGUCCCCGCAUCUGUUUUGACUACAAUGCAACGGAAGAUACCUCAGACUGUGGCAGAGGAGCAUCCUUUAGACCUUCCUGGAGAAUCUUGAUAUUUCUGCAGCUCCUUCUCCUCUAUUUGACUGCCUGUUGCAAUCCACUGCCCUCGGCAUCUUGCCUUUGAAACAUCCAUUUAGUCCAGCCCAUCCAUAUUUGUUUUCUGCACCAUCUCCAUCCCUCCAGACUUGCCAAAGGAGGGCAGCUGCCUAGUCCCAUCAACUCUGGUUACACCUUGGCAUUACUCAUGAGGAAGUUCUUUCUUCAUUCAGAAGUUCAGAAGCUAUUUUCAUUGUUUGUUUCUCGUUUCCUCCCAUCCUCUCCUUGCCCGUCCAGUGUCUCUGCACAGCAGGUUGUGCAAACACAGAGCUCUGAGCAAGACUUGGGGGAGCACGAACCGCCACUGUGACCUUCUCCGCACAGUGAACAUACUUGAGCUUUGAUUCAUUGCUCUUCUUUCCACCCAUUGAGCUGUUGGCCAAAUAAGAAGAACAAUGGCCUCAUAAUUCUUCCCCAUUGAAUCUGUUGAAUUCUGGGAGACUUUUAUCAGUUUCAUCAGGAGGGGUCUCAUCAUUUUGUCUUAAAAGUAUUUAACCAACAAUGUUGACAAAUUACUAUUGUGUUUGAAACAAUUUACCUUCCCAUCCCAAUCAUGCAAACAGCAACUACAAAAAUCAAUAGAGCAGAAAAAGUGGUAUAUUCUUGCCAAAUUGAUUCUGUAGUUUAGUUAACUUUUCAGCCAAUUCCAGUGGCUUGUUAAACUCAAAUGAAUCGUAAGAUGUCACCGCAGCAUUUCCAUUCCACCCAGUUCGCGCUGUGCUUUCCAAGGCCAUCGUUGCUAAAUCUCUCAUUAGUUAGAUCCAUCUCAGAUCAAUUUUUAAAUUUAUUAUGAUUUUAUUUUUAGCCUGAAGAUUUUAAACUAGAUCUUUCUACAUCUAAUUUCCAAGCAUUUUAGCCUGACAAAUUAUAAUAUUUGUUGUCAGCAACAAGGACACAAAGAAAAAAAGGAUUUGACUUGAAUUUUAUGGUCAGUAUUAUUUAUUUAAACCAAUAAUUCCAUACUAAGAGGACUUGCAGACUGAUCAGGGGAGAAGGCUUUGUGUCAAGAUUCUUAUGCACACCAUUCUAGUAACCCUUGCAUGGUUGGAGGGGAACAAUGGUUCUAUCAUCAGCAAAAUGAAUACCAAGGUACAAUAACAGAUAUAGCCCACAUCCAACAUACCAUGUCUCAAAUAAUUUCCUUGCCUGGGAAUGUAUUGAUUUAUCAAAAAACCACAAUUAUGUCUCCUGCUCUUCAAAACACUACAAACCCUUUCCUUGUGAUUUCUGCUGUGUCCUGUCCUUGAGGAGGACUUAAGGUGAGGCUGGCCAAGCUGAAGGUGACCUUAUUCCGAGUCCACAGUGUCCCUCUGUUCCCCUAACAGAUACUUUCUUCCACCUCUGACUGAAACAAUAUAUGCUGAACCAAACCAAGAAGGUGGUAGCCAAAGGUUUUCUUCCCAACUUUGUGUGGAAUUGUUAUCGUAUCUUUACAGCAUCCUCCAGCCAUUCAGUACCAGAAAUACAGGGGUGAAUAAGAGCACAACUAAGCCCUUACAAUCAGAUCUUCCACAGAGUACCAAUUAUUUUCCACAUACUUUAAAAGAGAAAUGUAAAAGUACUGUGUUAUCAUGGAAAUGACAUCCAUCUCAAACACACAGAACCCUUCCAGGUGGCUUUGCAGGUAACAUCCCAUGUCUGGGAUUAUUACUGAUGACACAAUCUGAUGACACAGUCUAUCAUUUUCUGUACAUUCUGUUCAAAAGCUACCUUCUUUUUUAGGGCUCGCACUGGCUGCGUUACUAUGGUUCACAGUAAAUAUCCAUUGUGAUUGCAUCAUCACCUCUGCACUUAGAGUAGCCAGUGAAGUUUCUACUUUGUUCGGAGCAAGAGUCAUAGUCCAAGAAAUAAGUGCAACAUUAUACAGCGCACUGUGCUGCAGAUUUAACCAGCAGAAAACAGUUCAUUACAAUGGCAGGAACUGAUGAAAUUUACAACAGGAUUAUGAAAUUAUGUGUGGCAGCACUGCACCCUGUUUCAACAUCACAUAUCAUAGAGCCCAGUCAAAAGUUGUUUCCCACAUACUGAAUCUAAACAUUUACAUUCUAACUAUUAUGAGCAAUGAAAGUGUUAAAAGCUUCAUUCUCUUUAUUAUAAGGAAACCUGGAAAGCAACCAAUGGUCUGGUUACUUGAAUCUGCAAGUCUGUAAGCAAAAAUAUGUCCUAGUUUUAUUGACAAUUUCAUAAUAUAUUUAAACAGAAGUGUUCUGUGUUCCUGGUUUGGCGCUUUAGUGCUAAACCAGAAUUGCCAGAGAGUUGGUUCUCCAAAACCUUAUGCUGUCAUCUGAAAUCAUAUGUGAUGUAAAAUAUUCUACAUGUGGUGUUCCCACAACUAUAUUUUAUUUCAGUACAGAUGGCAAGAGACUCACAUAGAAGUGGUUUUUCUUUAAAAGCUUUUAUGGGGCUGUAACUGCCUGCUUAAAGAACAUCCUUGACCAUAUCUGAAGGAAUAUUUCUGCAGUCUGGUAUGAUAUGAGUGACUAAGGAUAACAUCAGGGUCAGACUGCUAAAACAAAUGUGAUCAUAUAGUGCAAAUGGAUGCAAGAGGGAACUGUCUAUUGCAGAAAUGUGUGUCUGAGAGAUCUGGAAGUAGACCUUUGGCACAUGAACUGCAGUGUGUUUGCUUUAUUUCCACUGAUUCUAGUUCUUGAAAGUAGGAGAGUGAUUUCAGUUCUCUCUCAAAAAUCAGCUUUACCAUGAUUCUAUUUCAUGUGUCCCCCUUCCUCUGGCUAUCCUGUUGUCCAAAAGAUGAGUAAAGUGUCUGAAAAUCCUCUCCU